UUCUGGCACGUCGCCUCGAAGUCCACCACCAAGAAGAAAUCGAAGUCUUGCUGCAGCUCAUGGCCCUGCCCCUGUGCGUACGGCACUGUGCGCGCCGCCAUGAUCGGCGCCAUCGCCAUGUAAGCUGCGUGCUCUGAGCAGGAGCGGAUCGCCUCGCAAACUCCAGACCGGGAAAACUCGGGAUUGAAUCAGUGUGAGCAAGCGAAAACCAGGGCGGCGAUCUCCGCCUCUUAAAGCCACGGCACCGGAGCAAACACUGUAGGAGGCGAAAUCGGAUUCAUCUUCGUAAUCGUUGGCGCAGGCGCAUCCGGAUCCCGGGCGGACGUGGCAACCGACCUCAUGACGAGCUUCUACGCUUUGGUAAGAACAGUUAACCAAAACAUACCAAAGGCUGUGGUUGGCGGGUGAAAAAAGGACUGCCACGCACGCUGCCCGUUCGGUUCCGCUCCACUCUCCGGAGUGGAGUUCCCCCGCCCCGCACGUACUCUCGGUGCUGGCAGUUCGAGUUCAAUCCACAGCGUUAUUUACCAACCGUUUGGUUUCGAUUUCGGACAUAGUUCCAAACUUUCAAAUUCGCACACGCACCCACGUAGGACGCUGCGGAAGAACAACCGGCUGGAGGAGCCGGAGAUCGAUCGAUGGGGGCGGACGAUGGUCGCGACGACGACGGCUGGCAGUGCCGGCCGCUGGGGCUCCUGAUCGGCCUGCCGUUCGCCGGCCUCGCGCUAGUGCUCUCGCUCGCCGGCGCCGUCGUCUGGAUCCUCGGGUCGGCGCUGAGCUGCGUGUGCCCGUGCUGCGUGUGCUGCGCGGCGGCGGCGAACCUGGCGGUGGGCCUCGUCCAGAUGCCCGUCAAGGUCAUCCGCUGGUUCAUCAGGCAGAUCCCCUGCUAGGCUGCUCAAUUGUCCUUCUGGAGUAGGAAAUGUUGUUAUCUUGUUUUCAGUUUUAUGCAUGCUUGCUGAACGAGAGGCCAGAAAUAUGAUAUGAUCGUGUUUCUGCUUGCCACGUCU